AUGGAGGGAGAUUCAGUCACUCUGCACACUGGUGUUAAAACAAACCAACAAGAAAAGAUUAUAUGGUAUUUAAAUACCAUUCGCAUCGCUGAAAUCACUGGCAAUCAGAGUAAGAUCUGUACAGAUGAUCAGUGUGAAGAGAGAUUCAGAGACAGACUGAAGCUGGAUCAUCAGACUGGAUCUCUGACCAUCAUGAACACCAGAAUCACAGACUCUGGAGAAUAUAAAUUGAAGAUAAUCAACAGCAACAGUGACAGUGAAAAGAUCUUCAGUGUUUUUGUUCAUGAUGUUCCUGCUGCUGAACGAGAUGAAAUGAAGAGAAAGGAGGGAGAUUCUGUCACUUUAUAUCCUGGUGAAAUUAAAAAACAAAUUUAUUUGAUGACGUGGUAUUUUAAUGACAUUCUCAUCGCUGAAAUCUCUAGAGUUUUCAGUAAGAUCUGUACAGAUGUUCAGUGUGAUGAGAGAUUCAGAAACCGACUGAAGCUGGAUCAUCAGACUGGAUCUCUGACCAUCGUGAACACCACAAACAAAGACUCUGGAAAUUAUACACUACGAACCGACAGCAGCAGAUUUAGUAUCAUCAGGAGAUUCAGUGUUACUGUCACUGAUUCAGGUCUGUCUUCAGCUGCUAUUAUUAGUGGUGUUACUGCUGUUGUUCUGUUGCUGGCUGCAAUUGGUGUGAUUUACUGUUGGCACAAAUCAAGACAAAAUGGCAAGUAUUACAGCUAA